AUGCGCUUAUUGGUGUUUUUAGUUUGGUAGGUUUUUAUGGUUAGAGAGAUACGCAAAGAUCAAAAUACAAAUUUUCAGCCUAACUGGCGUGUAUUCACAAGUUGAACAAUUGAACCCUGGAAGGUAUUAUGCAAAAGCAGCGCCUGUGUUGACACCAGAUCUUGUUGCACCUUGUUUGAUGCCACCAUGUGGAUCGGUAGCUUCUAUUGGACCAGCUGCACCAUUACCUGUUCCACCGCCAGAGAGAGUUGAAGUCGAACAACAUCCAGAAGUGGCGCAAUAUCCUGAACAAGCUCCACCUCAAAACCCAGCAGCAAAUCAACCAGCCGGACCCCAACAGGCUCAACAAUAUCCACCACAACAAUUGACACCUCAACAACAAGAGGAAACACGACAAGCAUUGGCUGCUUCUCUUCGAUAUCCGAGUCAACAACAAUAUCCACAGAACUAUCCAGCUCCUCAGCAACCAACACAAUCUUCUGGGGUUCCACAGUACCCACCACAGCAAGAUUUAUUGGCUCAGCAAGCUGUGGCUUCUCAACAACCUGCUCCACAACAGUAUCCUCAAGCUCAAGCUGCUCCACAACAAUACCCUCAAGCUCAAGCUGCUCCUCAACAAUAUCCAGGAGCUCAAGAUGCUCCUCAACAAUAUCCAGGAGCUCAAGCACCUCAGCAAGCACAAUACCCUCAAGCUCAAGCUGCUCCACAACAAUAUCCAGGAGCUCAAGCUGCUCCACAACAAUACCCUCAAGCUCAAGCUGCUCCUCAACAAUAUUCAGGAGCUCAACCUGCUCCACGACAAUAUCCAGGUGCUCAAGUUGCUCCACAACAAUAUCCAGGAGCUCAAGCUGCUCCUCAACAAUAUCCAGGAGCUCAAGCUGCUCCUCAACAAUAUCCAGGAGCUCAAGCUGCUUCUCAACAAUAUCCAGGAGCUCAAGUUGCUCCUCAACAAUAUCCAGGAGCUCAAGUUGCUCCUCAACAACCAGUUCAACAGUAUCCAGGUGCACAAUACCCUCAAGCUCAAGCUGCCCCACAACAACAACAGUAUCCAGGUGUCCCACAAAACUCUGCACCCCAACAACAACCGCAAUUCUCGGGAGAACCUCAAGCUCCCCAACAAUAUCCACAGAACUAUCCUGGACCUCAACAACCAACGCAACCAUCAGGUGUUCCGCAACCGGCUCCUUCAAUGAGCCCACCAUCUUCCGGACCAUCGACACUUCCACAAUUCGGAGAUGAAGCUCAAGCGGUUUUCGAGAAAGCAGUUUAUUCAGCGACGGGUGUUCCGAAACGAGCUGGUGAAUAUUUGCAGCCACCAAGUUUGCCAUCAAAAGACCCAUUCCUUUACGCCAACUAUUUUAUUGGAAGCAAUAAACAAGCAAUGUUUUAUGUGUAA